AGAGAGAGAGAGAGAGAGAGAGAGAGAGAGAGAGAGAGAGAGAGAGAGAUAGAGAGAGAGAGAGAGAGAGAGAGAGAGAGAGAGAGAGAGAGAGAGAGAGAGAGAGAGAGAGAGAGAGUGAGAGCAGAGAAAGAGAGAGAGAGAGAGAGAGCGCAGAGAAAGAGAGGGGCACAGUUUACUCCUGCAGCGCUGCAAGGACAGAUUCCACUGACAGAGGAGGACACACACACAGCCCAGCCUGAAGAGAGACAUGUCUACAUAACAGGACCAUCAGCACACUAAUCAUUUCUGGACACUGACAGCAACACAGAACACAAAUAGAUGCCAAGGACUAGCACCUCAAAACAUCCUCACCCUCACAGAGAGGGAGGUCACAGUUUGAAGGUGGAACAGUUUGAAGACGGACACGGUAAAGGUGAAGGAAGAUAUUUGUUCUGGAAGAGACCAACUAAAACAGGAGUAAUCAACGGUAUCAUCUACUCUCUGCGAUCUAUCUCUUGGAAGUGAAAAGGAGAGACUUUACAGUACAGGGCACUGGGCUGUGCUGCUCUGCCUUCAACACUCAUACACUUCUGUGUUGCUACUGCUGCUUCUGCUGUUCCUGCUGCUUCUGCUGUUCCAAACCAGGCUACAUCAGACAGAGGUACGCUGAACUGAGCAGCUCUGCUCUACACUCUAGCUAGCUGUACUGCACUGACUGACUGGUUGACUGACUGACCAUGAGUGAGUCGAAGAAGGGUGAUCUGGCUAUCCGGGAUAAAGCCAUCCUGGGCCAGCAGAGGCGUCUGAAGCAGGCCACCCAGUUCACACACAAAGACUCAGCCGACCUGCUGCCCCUGGAUGGGCUCAAGAGACUGGGCACCUCCAAAGAUCUGCAGCCCCACAGCAUCGUGCAGCGCCGCCUCAUGGCGGGAAACAUCACACAGCUGCGUGGCGAGGCCCGCGUAGGGAGACCCUCGCCCCUGGUCGACAGCAAGGAAGGGGGCGCCGGCGACGCAGAGGAGAAGAGCGAGAGCACGGCUGACGACUCCACGGAGGAGAGGGAUUCGCCAGAGGAGAGCGAGAGGAGCCUAGAGACAAGGUCGGACGAGGAGGAGGACAGCAGCGAGGCCGGGGGGAAGACAAGCAGCACGGCUGGGAACGAUAAAACAGAGGAGGUGAGGAAGGAGAGGCAGAGGACGGAGAGGCAUCUCACUACCCUGCUGGUCCAGUGCAAGUGCUGUGACACUGAGGUGAAGGCUUCCAUCAACACCGGGAGUCAACACAACCGCAUCUCCAGCUCCUGCUGCAGGAGGCUUGGAUUGGAUCCCACCCAGGAAGGUCCACCCUGUGAGCAGACAGAGGGCCAGGGCUCUGUAAGGGGCCUGCAGCUGCAGCUGGGCAGACAGAGUGUCCAGUGCUCUGCCCACGUCACCGAGGAUGAGGUGUUUGAGCUGUGCCUGGGUCUUCAGACUCUGCAGGAAAUCAAAUGCUGUGUGGACCUGAGCAGUAGAGUCCUAAAGCUCCAGGGCUCAGGGGAGGAGCUGCCUUUCCUGGAGCCGCCAUUGGUCAGCCAGUGCCAUCACCAAGACAGCAAUGAGAACAUGUGACCCUGGUGGGUCACAACCUCCCAGCCGUCCCACACCCUCCUCUGAUUGGCUGGCGCUGUAAAAACAUGAUGCAGUCUGGGUCUGGACUGUCCAACCAGUGUUUCGCACUGCCAGCAACAUGGUUGAGCACCCCAAUUCUCUUCAGUUUACACCAUUGUGUUUGUUUCUGUGGAAUUAAGACAUUACCAUGAUGUUACUGCUGUAUUGAAUUAGCCUAGUUUAUGGAGUGGAUGGAGCUCAAGGUUUGGGACGAUUCUAUGUAACAAUCUUCAGAAUUAUGUACUUAAUCAAGGUGUUUUUUUAUCUGCCAGACAGUGCAUCAUUGUUUAAUACGCUCUUCGAAAAAAAGGAAUCCAAAAAGGUUCUUUGGCUGUCCCCAUAGGAGAACCCCUUCUGGUUCCAGGUAGAACUCUUUUGUGUUCCAUGUAGAAUCAUCUUUGUAAAGAGUUCUACAUCGAUCUCAAAAGGGUUCUACCUGGAACCAAAAGGGGUUCUUCAAAAAAGUUAUCCUAUGGGGACAGCCGAAGAACCCUUUUAGGUUCUAGAUAGCACCUUUUUUUCUAAGAGUGUAGUUCUCCCUGAAACAUACUGAGGAGUCAGACGAUAAUUAUCCUUUGAAAAUGAACAUAUUGUGAUUUGGAUAUAAAAUAAUAUAUAGUAUAAAAUAAUUUACGUUGAUCAUCAAUUAAAUGCCAAAACUGUUUAAAAUCAAAAUCAGUUCAGCCUUGAGGGAAAAAAUGAUAUCUCCCUCACAUCCCUUUACAGAGAGAUAGUCUUCUAGAUGUCCUCUCACACGUGCUCAAGAGAAACAAAAAACAGGUCUUAUGAAACCUUUGAAUCUGCCUGUUAAAAAAAUCUAAUUGAGAGUCAGGACAGACAGGGAAUUCUGGAAGAGAUGUGAGGAGACUACUGCUAUUCCUGAACUAACUGCCUUCAGCCAAGUGAAGACUCUCUCUCUCUCUCAUCUAUUUUCCCAAAUGAAGAGUGCUCCUAAGAAUGUCACAAUGACCCCCAUCAAAACUCAUUCUCAAUAAUUCCACUUAAAUGUCAAUAGAGUCCUAGAGCUAGUUGUGUGUGUCAGACAGACAGCACAACAAAAAGAUCCAAACAGUCCAUAAUUCUGCAUUAUUUUUUGUCAAAGUCUGGAUGUUAGUGUUCCUGUGAGAGUGUGAGUUCUAUUUACUUCUCCUCCUCGUCCCAGCUCCGGUCAGAGGGAGUUGGCAAGACGGAGCCGACCCCAGCUGCCUUCCUUCCCUCGUCUUCUUCAGGGGACAUUAAUCACUCUGCUCUGAGGCUGCUCUCUGGGUCAAGGCCCUCAUAGAUGUUUGUUUAAGCUUGGUACAUUUUUCCUCUUCUCGUUCGUUCCACUUUUGCUGACGUACGUUAUUCACUUUGACAAGCCUUGCUUGCUGAUUUGGUAUUUUACUAGGACCGGCGCAGCGGCACAGAAUCAUCAUCAGGCCCCUUGUUGCCUGACUGACAGUUUCACACUACAGGGUCGACUACAGGACCGACUGUGAACGUACUGUGCUGGCUUGAAUAUUGUAUUUUCUUAUUAUCCUUUGCAGCACGGUUCCAGCUACUAUGGUGGAGUCGUAACGAGGCCAACCCAGUACUGUACAGCUCGGCUUAGUUCAGUUUGACCCUAUGGUGUGAAUCAGGCAUGUGAGAAAGCCAAAAGGCCACGCUAUAAUCUUCCCAUUAACAUGAAUUACACUCUGCCUUGAUCCAUUCGCAUUGUUUGGACAAUCGAGAAGCGCUUCAGACGCCCUCAGAAAGGUCUUCAUACUCUGCUUUUACCAUCUGGGCCUGUAUUCAAAGAGUCUCUGAGUGUGGGGUUUCCACUAGAUAGCACAGCCACAAAGUCUAAAUUGGCUAUAUAUUGCAAAAAAUAAAUACAUGAAAACAAAAAUUAGCUUGUUGGUCUUAAUUCAAGGUUAGGCAUAAGUUUUGCAGUGUGGUUACGGUUAGGUUUAAAAUCAGAUUUUUGGAAGAGACGUAGAAAUAGGCUGGGUUUAUGACUUUGUGGCUGUGGUAACUAGUGACUACCCUGGGUAGGUGCUGAUAUCGGAUCAGUCAUGCCUUUCAGAGCAUAAUGGAUAAGAUUACAUGGACCUGAUCCUAGAUCAGCACUUCUACUCAGACUUUUUGUGAAGAAGGGCCCUGGACAGUGCCAUGCUCUCGACUGUGUAACAAUAUCCAUCUGACCUCUAGCUCUUUCUUUGGAGGUCACCCACGAAUAGAUUGCUAAUGUUUCGUACUAGAGUACUUCUUAACAUGCUGUGCGAUGGUAAUCGAUGUAUGAAAUACAUUUAUUUUUUGUGUUUUUUUCUGAACAGUAUUUUCUCUGCCUAUUAAAAUAUGUAUUCUGGCUAGCUA